AUGUUGGACAAUGGGCGGGUUGGCGACGAGGACGGCGCGCACGUUGUGCUCUCGUCUCCACGCUUGCUGCUCGCUGUCUCCGUCGUUGAGCUCGACGGCUCCCCUCGCUCUUUUCGAUCUUCUCUCUCUGCCGCUGGUCGUACACUCAAAGUUGGAUACCCGGUGCGGACGAUUUUGAUCGCAUCGACCUAA